AUAACCCGUAUAACCCCUGGGAAUCCCUGUGAAUUCAAAUCGCCACAUGAUGCGCAGCGUGUCACGUUUGUAGCAGCCAUGACCAUCACGUGGACCGACCUUGGCUGAAGAACCCGCAGGCAGCUGUGUGCUUCCUGUCCAGGCAGCUGACGUCAUCAGAGAGAGGCCGCGGGCGGCAGCGCCACUUCGGACAGGCAGGCUCUGGCAGCAAAGAGAGAUGGUGUUUGGCCUGCUGAUCCUGCUUAUUCUCCUCUCCAUUGCCUACUGUACUGAAGAGACGUAUCAGAAGUAUGUGCGUUACAUGGAGAAGAAGACACUGUGGUGCGCCUGCUGGGUAAGCCUGGGCAUCCUCUCUUUGGUGGGUCUUGGCACUGGCCUGCACACCUUCCUCCUUUACCUGGGACCACACAUAGCAUCUGUGACCCUAGCAGCACAUGAAUGUGGCUCUGUGGAUUUCCCCGAGCCACCCUAUCCAGACCAAAUCAUCUGUCCCCAGCACGCAGCAGCAGAACUAGGCUCUGAUGCUGAGCCGGUGGGUGUGGAGUCUGUGGGGGUGGGGCCAGCAGCCGUGCAGGAAAGCAUCUCUCUCUGGACCAUCAUGUCCAAAGUCCGCUUGGAAGCCUGUGUGUGGCAGGGUGCAGGUACCGCUAUAGGAGAGCUUCCUCCCUACUUCAUGGCCUGGGCUGCGCGUCUCUCUGGAGCUGACCCUGAUGAUGAGGACCACCAGACGUUUGAGACGACGCUGGACCAGUCCCAGUGUGCACAGGACUUUGCAACCAGAGCAAACGUUGCAGUGCAAAAAAUCAUCCAUAAGGUUGGAUUCCUUGGGAUUCUGGCCUGUGCUUCUAUUCCAAAUCCCUUGUGGACACUUUCAGGUCCCAUUGUGGAAUUUUUUUGGUGCAACACUCAUCGGGAAAGCAGUUAUCAAAAUGCACAUUCAGAAACUGUUUGUGAUCGUCACCUUCAGCAGACAAAUAGUGGAGUAGAUGGUGUCCCUCAUCGGAUCUGUUCCACUGCUGGGUGCGGCACUGCAGAAGCCCUUCAGGGAGUACUUGGAGGCCCAGAAGGCCAAGCUGCACCAUCGUGCCGGAGAGGGGAUCCCAACUGUAAGUACAGGGGCCUCAGCCCCCAGCUCACAGCCUCUAUUCAUUCACAUGUGUGCGCGCCAAGAAAAGAAUGCGGCCCCCUUACUUUUGCCUCUUUCACUCCUUCUCCCUCCACUUUUUUUUGUGGUCCUUUUCUUCUCUUUAUGUAAGCCUUCCUUUAUAUCUCUGACCCAUUUUCCCUCAUGGAGACAAUUAACUCUGUUUUCAGCCUUUUCACCUCUUCUCUUUUGCUUUUGAAUUAAAAAAAAAAAAUAUAUAUAUAUAUAUAUAUAUAUAAAUAUCAGUUUCAUAAAUAUAUUUUUAACCUGAUUCUAUGUUUGUGAUAGGAGUGUUGACAUCGUAGAUUUCACUAUAACCUGUAGUAAUGCAGCAGAUCACAGUGGCUUGUUUAGGGCCAGAGUGACAGUGUGGGAUAGCGCUGCACUGGGCAGGGUGGAGGGGAGGGAGGAGGAAGAGGGGCCAGUGUGGGGUCUGGCUCCACUCGCUGUAUUGAACUGUACUACUGUAGCGCGGGGCGUGCUGACUCAUGCUCCAUCUUACCAAUUGGGAGUGUGUUGCACUCAGUGCUCCGCCUGAACCUAGCAAUGACUGGCGAGCAGGGCGGGGGCACCCCCCCCCCCCCCCCCCCCCCGCUCGCCAGUGACAAUCCAUCAAAACCCCCCUGUCUAGAACAAAAAGAGCCAGUUGUAGCUGUAGCCUAUUUCUCUUUCAAAGCUUUUUCUUUUUUCUUUUUGCUCUCUGUUUCUCUCUCCCUCUUUCUCUCGCUCGUUCUAAGUAAUUCAUUGAAAACUUUUCUUUUUUCCUUUUUCACAUGCUGACUAGGAGGGAGAAGGAAAAAAAAGGGAUAGACUUUGAGUUGCACAAGGACAGAUUAAGGCAUUUCUAGAACAAUGUUCCUUUUUUCUUGUAACUUGAGCCGCCUGCAGUUACAGGAGAGAAGCAAGCCAAUUUAACUUGGUGGAGGCAGGCUGCAGGCUGGGGUCAGCGGGGGCGUUAGGAGGGAGGACGGCGGGGGCUGCCGCGUGUUUUAUUACCCCUGAUCUCUAUCUGUCCAGCACAUGGAGCUGGAUCCCCACCUAGCCUUCAGCAUCAGGAGCAGAGGGGAGAGCAGGGUGUCGGGUGGAGGAGGGUGGAGGGGGGGGGGGACAGGGGUGGCCAGCCCUCGGUUUACUGACCAAGCGCUUCUCCUCUCUUUCUGUUCUCCCUGUGGUCGGUGGCAGGAGGAGAACUGGCUGCCGUAGCUCUUUGAGAAGGUUGUGGUCAUCAUGGUAUGCUUCUUUGUCUGCUCCAUUGUCGACUCCAUGGCCCAGAGCUACGCCAAGUGCAAGCGGCAGGGGAGAUACACGGAGGACAAGGCGGCGUGAAGGCUUCCAGCCAUCAAUCUCGGCAGACCAUCAACUUUCAGGAGCUCGCACCUCUCCUCCCCUCAUUUGUUCUCCCGCUCCUGGCCGAUAUACGCUCUUGUUAGUGUAGCAACACGUUAAUGUUGAACCUGGACUUCGAUUUACUCGCUUUUUUUAAAGGCUUUUGCAUUUUGGUAGUGAUUUCCACGUUUGUUCCCUGUAAGGUAGGUGCUUGUGGGGUUCCCCGUAAGCUGUCGCAUUGUUCCCGUGCAGUCGGUGAACUUAGCGACUCCUGAGCACGUGAGAAGAGGCUGCUGGCAAUAAUUCUCCCCAGUGAGGCCUCGAGCUGCACUGUUGGUUCCACUGGAAGAUCACUACGAGGCUCUAAUCUCCAUAGUGCUGCUUGAAUUCAUUUUAUUAAGUUUAAGCAAGGAAUGUUACUUUUGAUAAUGUGGUAUUCUGUAAAUCUGGUAUGCCAUUUUUUGUAGCCUAUUAAUUGAUGAUUCAUAUUUAUAAGAUAUUCUGUAUUUGUUACUGUUAAGAUUUGUUGUGCAGUAUUGGUCGUGGUCAGAUAAGAGAAGGAAAUAAUUGUGUUGUCUCAUUUCUACAACGUCGUAGAGUAGUGAGUCAGUUGUAGAUGUUAAUGAACGUUUCAAACUUUGUGUGGAGCUUCAGAUGACCACCCUUUGUACGUGUGUUUGUAUGUGCGCAGUAAAGCUCUUUUUGGUAGUUUUGGAUGAGAAAUGAGAAAUCGGUCAUGAAUCACCCUGCUGGUCCCUUUGUCUGCCCUCAUUGUUCUGCUUCCAGGAAGAGAGCACAUGAGUCAGCCUGGAGCUACUUUACCAGAUGCAGCCACAUAUUGAAUCAGAUCUACGACUCUGUGUGUGUGUGCGCGUGCCUGUGUGUGAGACAGGGAGCGGGGCAGAGAUAGUAGUCUGUGUUUGCGUGGCUGCCACAUUUGUUGCUGUCUUUUAUCUUUUGUGGAUUAGAGCAGAUUGGGCUCCACUUAUAGACUCGGAGUCUGCCUACAAGGCGUAGUAGAGCAGAUCGUGGCUGCUCACUUUAACUCUGAGACAGUCUGUGUCAUGGUAAGUGUUUUUCUUUGUCUUCACUUGCCCACUGAGCUUCUUUUUUCUUUUCUUUUUUCAUCCUUUUUGCCCACGAUGAGGACUGAUAGCUCAUGUUCGACAUCACACGAGCAGCUCCUUCAACGAAAACCAUCAUGUUAUCUGCUCAGGUGCUCAUCCUUUUUUCUUUUUUGUUCAUCGGAUAACGUCGGCUGGCUCUCAGUUCAUGCGCUCCCUUCAUUUUUUUGUCUUUUAAUUGCCAGUGAAUCGUGCUAGUUUCUUCUCCGUCUCCGUCCCGCUGCUGUGCUACGCUGGACUGAGCGCAGUGGGCGCUAGGGCAGGCACAAGCAGGAGCGGGAGGGGGGAAAGCCUCAAGCGCACAGUGAAAAGCGUCUGUGCCGUUACCUCAGCUGAACCCUCAAAUGAACUCGUUGCACUGCCCCAGUCACGGAGCCAGGAGACGAAUCACUCGAGUAGAUUCAAAACAGAGGAGCACUGUUGAGCGGGCUGAAGCCUACGCUCUGCACCAGCUCUAUUCAGAGCAGUCACAUCUCUCUUUCUCCUGUCUUGGUAAGUGGGAUGGGGAUUUUUUAUUUUAUUUUAUUUUAUUAUUUUUUCAUUGCUAUUGUUUCUGUACAUGUGUGCGUCUCAGGCAUGUCCGUCACUCUCUCGGCCUGUCAGAUAGCUUAUCAGACUGGUGUUGGCUGUUAAGAUUGCAAGGCGACAACAGUCUGUAGGCUGUCUGACAUUUCGGGCUCUUUCAUCUGACCAGCAUCCUGUUUUGUCCUCCUCCUGUCGCUGUCAUUGUCUCAGUUAGCAUCAGUUCCCAUACAGAGUUUUGUGCCGGCGAUGUCACUUCCCUUUAUCCCAACCGCUUGUGAAACGACAGAGACACGGGCCUGUCGUCUGUUUCCUCCCUGCUGAUGUCUGUGGGGUUUUUUUAUCUGGGGAACUGUGUUUUCACAUGUUUUGCAAGUGCAGGUGUAGUGAUGUCAGUUGUGUACUUCUGUAUUUGUGCGUAUAUGUGUGUGUUGGCUCUGUCCACUUGAAUUUCCAGAGAAUCCAGACAGUACACACCUUAUUGCAACACAUCACAUUGUGACACCCAGUCCUAGGUAUGGUACACACAGUGCUCAACACAGCUCUCCUCUUCCCUUUUACACUUCCCUCUUCUCUCUUACUAACAACUCUCUUCUGUUGCUCAACACACACUUUUUUGUAGAAGGCAGCACUUUAUUGGAACAACUGGGGCGGGGGGGUUCUAUGGGCCACAAAUUGUUAAUUAUACAAUGCUUAAAAUCAUUUCUUGAUACGUUUGCUGCGAAGACUGCGUUUCAUUUUAGAAUAUUCCUUUUAUUUUAGACUAGUGCAAAAGUGUAAAGCUUUUUCCUGGUCAUAAAAACAAAAUCAUUGGAUAACAGUGGAAUGGCUCGCUGGCUUAGCAAGAGUUUUUCUUGGCAGUUUCAGGAUGUCCUGUUCCAUAAGGGAGCCCCUUUUGGUGUGUGAGUGUGAGUGUGUGCGUGCGUGCGUGUCUAAAAAAUCUUUUUAUAUUUCCAUGUGUAAGUGCCUGUAUUUCUUGUCGAGCCGGGUUAUUUUAAAUGUGUAUGCACUGUUUUUUUUCUUUUCUGCCUUCACUAUAAAUAAAGUCGGUCAAAAAGAG